UGGAACUUGGGCUCAUUUCAUGCCACAACAAAUUUGACGGUUCAGGGCUGAUUGGCGAAGAGUAGAUGUGGAUAUAACCAGGAAUUGAUUGUUACAUCCACAGCUGCCGGAUUCUUCAUGCCUAAAGAAAAGAAAGAUAGAGGAUGCAGGAAGAGAAAUAACAGAUACCCUUGCCAGUGCUGAUAAGACUUCAGGAGAGAAGCGUGUGGUGAAGGAGGGGUUUUCUUGGUGGAUAUGCCUAAUAUAUGACAUGGACUUCAGAAACACUCGUCCUCAACUAGUUAAAAUUAAAUCAAAGGAAAAGCAUCAUGGACAAUAGAACGUGUCAAACUGAUUCACACUAAGGCAGCAGUUUUGUUUAAUCUUUUUCAAUUUAUUUCACACAUCUUUCAAUUGGAUUCACCUUUGAUUUCGGAAAGAUAAAAAUCUUUCAGACUUAACCUGUGAAGUGUGAAAGGGUUUUGACAUAUCCACAAUGAUGGUGAGGAUUUUUUUUUGUUCUCGUGUCAGUUCUUUUUGUGCAGAACUAGUGUGAAAUGUGAGCCUUUCUCUAUGCUGUCAUAGUACUGCAUGAGGAAAUGAACAGAAUGGAUUACACAGGAAGUAUGUGGCACUUUCCACCCAAACCUGAGGAGCCUCUACAGGGGGACUGUUGUGGCAUGGGCUGCAGGCCAUGUGUCUUUGACAGAUACGAACAGGAAGUUCACCUGUGGGAAAGGGAAUGCGAGAGGAUACGCAGGGGCAAUGUCGCGACGGAGAACCCGGGGGACACGAAUGUCUCAUUAGUGCAGAUACCUACUCUCUCUGAGUGUGAAUACAGAUACUUUUCUAUAUCAAGCAUAAAGCAAGAAAGCUGUGAUACUUAUGUUCUGAGAUUUCAACUUCCUGAUGGAAAGUGCCUGGGUCUGCAUACUGGCCAACAUAUUAUCAUGAGGGUAAUUGGGGAUGGCAGAGUGAUCACGCGACAGUACACCCCCGUCAGCCCACUUCAUGCUCUCGGCUACUUUGAUCUUCUAAUUAAGAUAUACCCUGAUGGCAGGAUGUCCAGACAUGUCAAAGCCCUCAAAACAGGAGACAAAGUGGAAUUGAGAGGGCCCUGUGGAAGGUUCUCAUAUUCACCAAACAAGUGGCAGAGGCUGGUCCUCCUGGCAGCUGGCACAGGUAUAGCUCCCAUGAUACAGGUAAUCAGACAGGUGAUUAUUAACGAGCGGGAUGAUACACGACUGUUGCUGGUGUACACCUGUAAGAGGUAUGAAGACCUGUUGUUGAAGUCUCAGCUGGAGGAGUGCUCAGCCUACUGGAAUGUCACCAUCCUCUACAUCCUAACCCAGGACAGUCCUGAGAGAGUGAGAUCGCUGAAGCGGUAUGGAGACAAUAUCCACCACGGAAGGCUGGAUUAUCAUCUCUUAUCACAAGUCCUUGGCAACAUAUCCCCAGACAACUACGUACUCAUUUGUGGAACAACUUCAUUUGAGAAAGAUAUGAUCUCAUACUUGGUGGACAGUGGCAUCUCCAGCCACAAUUAUCAUAAAUUUUAAUAUACUUUUUUAAUAGAUACAGGUUUUCCUUGGCUGUAAUAACCAUAUACUUAAGUCAACUAAUUUUGUGUAGACAGAAUAUGGAUUAUUGAACUUCGUUAUGGUAUUCCACAAGAUAUUCUUUUUAUGUAAGUCAAGUUCUGCUAGCAUAUCAUGGAAUGUAAUGUAUGUAUGAAAGGCUCAGCCAAUGAAGAUUCAUGCUUCAUUGCUGAUAGUGUAUAAUAUGAAAUGUCUUCAACAUAAAUAUAAAAAGAUUUUCUCUGUGAUUUUAAAGUACAUGCACAAUGCAAAUUUGUUAGUUUUAAUUUUUUUAACAACAUUUUGCCCUUUUGUUUUUUUUUAACCUUUCCUGGAACUAAUUGUAAUCUUAAAUUUUAUGAAGUAGGUCUGGGUAUGUCAUUUAUGUCUGUAUGAACAGGUUUGUUUUAAUUUGAUGCUCAUCUGUGUAUCUUCAUCAUUUAUGUGUAUUCUUUUUUAAGCGUUCUUGAGUAUGAGGUUGGAAAACAAUUGAUAAAUAAAUAAUAAGUUUUUAUAAGCAAUGUAUAUUUUGUCCUUUUGUGUGAAAGUCGGGAAAAAGAUAGCUGUCUCUCUGACAUAUCUCAAAAGGAAUACAGAACCGUUUGUGAUUGACUGGUGUGAGAGAUAGGCAAGUCCAGGCUAUGCAUAGCCUAAGCUGUAUUACAGGUAUGGCAAAUUCACUGAAGCACGACCAAGGCUGUGGAUUUUGACCUAGGAAAUCCUGUCUUCACUGUAAGCCAAUCAGCUUCAGUUCUGUUUUUCUUUAAUAUCAUAACUCUUUAAAAUCUCCUGUUGGCAAUCUAAUGGAACAUAGAUUGUAGGUUUGCAUAUACAUUUUGAAAAUAUGUUUGAAACUAGAAUUUUAUCCCUUGAUUUUAUAUGUGUAAUGUUAGAGACUGUUUUUCAAAAUAAACCAGGAAGUGUCACUCUGUCAAUAUCUCUUGAACUA